UGCCCUACAUAUUUCCUCAUUUGAAGUUAAGAACAUGUCUAUAGAUGCUGGUUGUAAUUUUCCUCUGAGCCAGGCUGACAGCUGGCAUUCCUCAGGCUAGUAACCUUUGAUCUUCUGUCAUCUUUACUCCACUAGAGGCAUUUGUAUUGGGUAGAUGAAUUUCAUAGCACCUCCAUCUCUUUGUCUUCAGCAACCUCUCUCCUCCAGACUUGCCCUCUAGGGCUUUAUGAACUUUGAGCAACUCUCCAACUAACAACCCUUCAAACAGUGUCCAAUCUAACUCAGGUUUGCCAACCUAUAGUCUUCUUGACUAAAACCACAAGUCAAAAGACAGAGCAAUCUAAGCGCAUCUUAACCGCUAUUUCAUAUCUCCAUCAAGUUGUGCCAAGUUUCUUUUCAGAGGUCUGCUCUCAAGAGUUCCUCUUAAUUUAAGACUCCAUCACUAACGCAUCUAUGAUCUGUCCUCUUCACUCCCAAGAAGGGUUCCUAUGAGUAGGAAGCAGUGGUGGGAUUCAGCCAGUUCACACCACUUUCUGAGCAAUUUGGUAAACUGAUUGUUGGAAGAAAUCAUUAGGGCAGAGAACCGGUUGUUAAAUUACUUGAAUCCCAUUACUGGUAGGAAGGGUUCCUAAGAGUACUGCUCUACUCCCAACUUCUUUAUAUAAUAUAAAACAUUUGUUUGGAUUUCUGCAUGAAAAUAUGAACAAUGAACAGGAAGACAAGGAUGAAGAAAAGGAAGAAUACUCAUAGGAAGUUCCUUGAUAAAGCUGAGAGGCAAAAUGAUUAAAAGAAUUUGUUUUCCCUGCAAAAAUGGGAACACUACGGAUAGUACUCAACUUACCACCACAAUUGAGCCCAAGUGAGACCACAAGUGAGACAUUUGUUAAGUGAGUUUUCCCCCAUUUUAAGAUAUUUCUUGCCCAAGUUGUUAAGUGAAUCUGGUUUCCCCAUUGACUUUGCUUGUCAGAAAGUUGCAAAAGAGGAUCACGUGACCCUGGGAUGCUGCAUAAGUAUAAAGCAGUUGGCAAGAAUCUGAAUUUUGAUCAUACGAUUGUGGGGAUUCUGCAAAGAUUGUAACUGAAAAACAGUCAUAAGUCACUUUUUCAGUUUUAACUCCAAACGGUCACUAAAUGAACUGUUGUAAGUUGAGGACUACCUGUACUAAAAACAUGGAAGACAAUUGCUCCUGCAGCGGUCAUGGUUGCCACCAGAUGGUAGUACUGAUCAGACAGAGAUUACAUUUAAAAAAUUUCUUAAGGAAAGAAUUUAAUAAAUUCAUUCCAAGUUGGAAUAUGUUUACCGAAAAGACUCUGCUCUUCAUCUCCUUAUAUGUUCUUAAAUCAAGAGGAUUAAACUGCUUUUAUUUAAUGGAAAGAUUAAGUGUGUAAAACUUCCCCAUCUCUCUCUCUCCCCCUCCCUCCCUUCCUCCCUCCCUCUCUUUCUCUCUCUCUCUCAAAACUGGCUAUUGUGUUUCAGUUGAAUAGAAACAGCAGGACCCAGGAAAAAGAACCAAAGUUGUGAAUCAGACAAAAUUGAAGAACAGCUGAACAUUGAAGCAAAGUAGACUAGCUAAAGAAAUACUGAAGAAAGAAGCAUAAAGAGAAAAGGAAAUUGGGAAAAGAACGACUUUAAGAGAAAUCUAAGUUAGAGACAAACACACCAUUUAUGUGAAAGAGAUUGUUGUGUACUUGAGCCAGCAGGUGAUUCUAUGCUUUGACACAUUUGAGUUUCCUGGAAUCAUUGUUCAAAUAAUCCAUGUUCCUUCUUUCUUCUCUCUAAAGUGGAAAGUAUGUUUGCAUUUCCAUUCCUUUUGCUGUUUAUUUUGCUGUUUACCAUUUACUUGUUUCUGAAGCUUGUGGCCUUUGUACAAACUUGAAUAACACAGUGAGCUUAAGCACUUAAUAUGCUCUGCCAAAGGGUCUAGUUGCCUUCAAACACUUCAAAGGCAUAGCACUUUAAACAGCAAGAAUGCAAUAAAUCAUCCUCCAGAUGUAUGCAAUACUUAAUGAAUUUUCUAGUUGACAUAUGACUGUUCAAUGAAAGAAAAUAAAUUGAAGAUUGCAAAGAAAACCAGAAGGUCAAGGAGAAAAUAAAAAGAUAGGGAUCAGUCUGCAGUGAAAAGAAAGUUGUGUAUUAGGUGGGGAAAAUAAUACGAUGUCAAGCUUCUUUGUGAGCUUUUAUUUAUUAAAAGAGUAAGUUUCCAAUCAGAAUAGGAUUAACUCAAAUCAGUUGAGCUAUGUGCUAAAAAGUAAGGCCCAGCUGCAAAUCUGUUGGGGUAAGUGAGAUGAAAAUAGCUUACAAAGUUAGCAUAGAACACGGGUGUCAAACUUGCAGUCAAUUGCCAUCACGUGACAUUUCAUUACAUUUUUUCCCUUUGUGGAGUUGGGGUGGGCAUGGCCUGCACAUGACACAUCCAGCCCACAUCAUCAUCAUCAUCGUUAUCAACAUCAUUUCAUGCGGAAGAAACAUCUCUAUUUCUUCCACAUGAAAUAAAGCUUAGAAAUUUUAAUAGCAGUCAGUUUGCUACUGGAAAAAGAUUUAGUGACCCAAUGGAAUAAUAUUUUUAGUCUUGUUUGAUAGAAAAAUGGGUUCUUCUGCUUUGAAUUGAAAAGGAGUAAGUAAAUCCUGAUUUAUUGUGCAAUUCUAAUCUUGUCAGUAGGUACCAUAAUUUCAGAUUUGCAGACUAAAGCUUUACAUGAUAAGCCAGGGUGGGCACUCCAGAUGUUGAUAAAUUUCUGUGAUGUGAAUUACAAUUAUCUACUUUUGUUUACAUAUUAAGGAUCUGCUUAGAUUAAUAGACAUGUCUGAGCUUCUUUGUGACAACUAUUGUUGUGGUGAUCAUUAUAUUUUGCUUAAAUGUGACUAUCUGGAUGUCAUGGGUGAUGGGUUCAGAAAAACGUAAAGCAAUUUUUUUUUACUAGGGACAUUGUGCCAUUAUUGUGAAUGAUGGAUUCCACCAUUUUUGUUAGGGUACAUAGAGUGAUUUAAGGCAGUAUGAAAAAUGAGAAGACUAGUAACACUGGAAUUGUUUCCAGUCCAGGAGUAUCAAUUAUUCACUUAUAAUCAACUUAUUCAUCCCUAAAAAAUUACUGCGCAAACAAAUUAUGUUGCAAUAAAUCACUCAAUGAUAGCAGGCCACUUUCAGUGAAAACUAGGUGAGCAUUCUUUAUUUCAGCCUUCUCAAAAUUGGAGCAUUCCAGAUGGGUUAGAAUUAUAACAUGCUGGCUGAGAUUUGUAGUCUCAAUGAAUCAUUUGAUCAUGAUAUGUUUAAUUCUUUAAUGUCAGCCUUGUGGGAAUAUUCUGCUCCAUCAAAAAUUAGAAACGUUAUCCCAUAGAUUGCCCUAGAGUUGAACAGUUUAUAUUCCACUAUAAUUCAGUAGAUGGUAUUUAAAAUCUAUUCACUGAAAAUAUGCUUAAUAUAAUUCCCCAUUCUAAAUUUAUAGAAUGUGAUUUAUCAAGCCAAUCUAUAUAUCACCUCAACAUGUCAUUUAUUUCUACGAAACAUAAACUGUUGAGAACCUAGGGGUUAUAAAAAUAGGCCCCCAAAAAAUCAUGCAGCAUUUCUAUGAACCCUGUAUAAUCUUUACUCCUUCCUUCUUUCUGAGCCAUUAAAGCAGAAGUGUGCGUAAAAGAUUCUAUUUUAACUUUAAUAAUUCCAAGUACUGCUAUACUGUGCCCUUAAAAUCAACUCACUGACUGAAUGUCAUAUUCUUUUUCUCUUAUGUCUAGACAAUCUGCUAAAAGAAUGAAUUCUGAAACCUUACAAUAAAAAUCCUUAACACCAACUGUGAAAUAAAUGCCGAUCAUUUGCUGAGUGUUAAGUGCUACUUUGUGUCAAAGCAGCUAAUCAAACCCUACUUUUCUGUACAGGCAUUGCACAUUGAUUGCAGAAAGACUCCUUGCUCUGAAGCCAUCGAGAGUUGCUAUGGGAAUCAAGAGGGCACUUGGCGACAGGGUCUGGAGCUUGUCUCCCUCCCGUUCUUUCACAAGAAUGGGGGGGGGGGGCGGAAUGAAAGGAGGAGUAAAAAAGUGAUGGGAAAUUCAUGCAUAUCUGAGAAGGAGGAUUGUAGUUUGAGGCUGCAGAAUGGGAAAGAGUGAAGAGACGUAUGCAUCUAGUAAUAGUGGUUCAGUUUCAGUUGGCUGGACCUUAUUUCUGCUGUAAAGUUAAUCCAAGGAAUAACAGCCAAAGUCUCACUUUAGCAGAUCUUAGGAAGAUGGGAUGCAGCUCAUCAGCAUACCAACCCAAGUAUAUUUAUCUGGAUAUUAAUGGAAGAAUUCAAAAGGUAUUUGUUCAUUCCUUUCUUGUUUGCAGCUACUGCCUUUAUCAAUUUACCUUUGCAUCUAAGUGGAUUCAUGAUCUCACUUUUUUUUUUAAAGCUUCUGUAUCCUGAGCUCUAUUCAGCUAUAAGCACUGCUGCCUCUUUAAAGCAAUCUUGAAAUAAGACUUUAGGAACAAAAUCUUCAGGAUAUGGAGAGCAUGAAUGGAUACUUGUCUCUUCUGCACAAAUAUAGUGACCUUCAGCAAGUAUUGCAACUCUACAGAUCUUAUGGAGCUAUUCUGCAUUGCUACAGGAUUACCAAGGAAUACAACCAUUUCACUCUUCACAGCUGAUGACUGCAUGGUAUCCAUUGAUCCCACUAUGCCAGCCAACUCCGAAAGGACUCCUUACAAAGUAAUACCUGUAGCCACUGGACAGCAAACAGAGAAAGAACAAUUGUUUCAGAAUUUGCUGGAGCAGGUGGUUGAGCAAUUUUCAAGGGUAUUUAAAAUUGAUGAAUUGAAAACUGAAGUAUUUAAUCAACUGGCAAUGCUGGAGAAGAGAGUGGAACUGGAAGGACUGAAAAUAGUGGAAAUUGAAAAGUGUAAGAGUGACAUUAAAAAGAUGAGGGACGAAAUGGCUGCAAGAAGUACCAGGACUAACUGCCCUUAUAAAUACAGUUUCCUGGAUGAAAACAACAAGCUUAUACCCCGAAGGGAUGUCCCCUCUUAUCCAAAGUACAUGCUUUCUCAGGAGACAAUAGGAGCUCUUAGGAAACCAACUUUUGAUGUCUGGCUGUGGGAACCCAAUGAGAUGCUAAGUUGCUUAGAACAUAUGUAUCAUGAUUUAGGAUUGGUGAAAGACUUUAACAUCAACCCUAUCACACUGAAACGGUGGCUGCUGUGUAUUCAUGACAAUUACAGAAACAAUCCAUUCCAUAAUUUUCGACAUUGCUUCUGUGUUACCCAGAUGAUGUACAGCAUGAUCUCACUCUGCAACCUCCAGGCAAAGAUUUCCAAAAUGGAUAUUUUAAUGCUAAUUACAGCAUCAGUGUGUCAUGAUCUGGAUCACCCAGGAUAUAAUAACACGUACCAGAUCAAUGCACGAACAGAGCUAGCUGUGCGCUACAAUGAUAUUUCCCCACUAGAGAAUCAUCACUGUGCAGUGGCUUUCCAGAUCCUUGCACAGCCAGAAAGCAACAUUUUAUCCAAUCUUGAUAAGGAACAGUUCAAACAGAUCAGACAGGGGAUAAUUACACUAAUCCUAGCAACAGACAUGGCACGGCAUGCUGAAAUACUGGAUUCUUUCAAAGAAAUCUUAGAUGAGUUUACUUAUUCAAAUGAGGAACAUGUAACUCAGUUGAAGAUGAUCUUGAUCAAGUGCUGCGAUAUCUCCAAUGAAGUUCGCCCAAUGGAAAUAGCAGAACCAUGGGUGGACUGCUUAUUGGAAGAAUAUUUUAUGCAGAGUGACCGGGAAAAGUCUGAAGGCCUUCCAGUGGCACCUUUUAUGGACCGAGACAAAGUGACCAAACCAACAGCACAGAUUGGCUUCCUCAAAUUUGUUCUUAUUCCAAUGUUUGAAACUGUAACAAGGCUUUUUCCAGAAGUUGAAGAAGUAAUGCUUCAGCCACUUUGGGAAUCCAGAGAUCGCUAUGAGGAGCUGAAACAAAUAGAUGAUGCUAUGAAAGAAGUCAGGACAGCACCUUCUCAGUUUCAAAAGAAGAAGAAUGAAAGUUUGACGUGUGAAUCCAGAAAGAAGUGAAAAGCAAAGCACAAAGAAAGCAUUACAGUUGAUUAAAAAAGAUCCUUUAGAAGUUUGGCAAGUUCAUCGAAGCAUUGUGGGAUUAUCCAGCAUGGACCAAGGAUGAAGCUGAAUAAUUAACACUACUCAAGCACUUUUCACAUUCCUUUUCUAAAGACUAGUAUUUUUCCUAAUGGGUACAAAUGUUAAAGAGCCACCAUUGUUGCAUACAAUUUUUUUUAAUUUUUAAAGUGGUCUUUUAAAUAAUAUAUUCUUAUACCAAAACAAAACAAACAAAUGGUUGUUGUAAUUAUUCCCUUUUGUAUAUUUUAUAUGUGGUUAUUUUUAAUGCUUUGGGUGAGUUUUUGGAAACAUUGGUGUGUGUGUGUGUGUGAUGAAUUUAUAUGAAAAGUCAUUUCAGAAAUAGUCACAGUAUAUGAAUAGGAAGCAAACUUUUGCCCCACUUUUUGCCUUCUGUCACUUUUUUCACACAUUUGACCAACAUUAAUUUCAGGCUAGCUAAGAAAACAGUUUUCUGCUUUACUGGUCAGCAGCUGUUUGCAGUCAAAUAGCUUGAAAGAAUUGAAACCUGGGGCUACCCCUCAUUGCUUGUUCCUCAUUCCAUUUUCAUCAAUGCUGCUUCAUUACACUCAUUUUUAUAACUGAACUGUUCCCCCUAAAAACAGAGAUUAUGUCCGAGGAAAUUAAGUGUGCAGUCUGCUAUUUUCCCAGAAAGGCAUGUGGCUUCCAGAAAGAUUCCAAACUUGUUGCCAAAUGAUCAUUUUUAAUGUGACACCCAGAAUAUAAAAUUAUUAAUUUUGUGGCUGUAACCCUAUUAAUAAUUUAUUUUAAAUUGCAAGACAUGUUAAUUUCAACUACAUUUUAAAUCUAAUAUAGUUUUUAUUGUAGUCUUGAACCACUUAUUGGAAUGUGAUUCUUGGCAAACCAUUGUAAGACCUGUCCUUAAAUACUGAAACAAUUAGGAUGCUGUUGAUAUCUGUGGCAUUAUUAAUAUGGGUUCAGCAACUUCAUGAAGCCAGGACUUGUGGGCAGAGACCCAGAAGCCUAACCAACAGAUGAAUCACCUUGUCAUGCAACAGUUCUGGCUUUCUCCAUUUUAAAAUAAACUAUUACAAAUUACCAAUAAAAGAAGGAUUGUUAGAGGUAGUGUAGAAUUCUUCAAAACACAAUUCAACUGUUUUCUCAGCAUUUCCUCUACAGCAGCAGCUGGGCAAAACAUAACUGACUUAGCUAGUGAAAUUCUCCAGCACACUGUAUCAUGAGGAUCAGUCCCAGAUCAGACACAAAUCUUGAAUGGAAGGAGUCUAAAAAUUAUCUACCUCUGUUACUCAAAAGCUCACUAAGCUGCCUGGACAGGAAAAGAGAUUGUAUGGGAACCACAACUACACAGUUCUUUCAAAGACGAAUGGUGCAUCAAUAGCUAAAGCCACACUUGGAGUAGAUAUUUUUCUUCUACCUUGCUUUAGUUUUUAUCACUACUCUAAAUUCUUUUGGUAUACAGACUCAUUUGGUUUUAUAUAGUUGUCUGAAAUAAUCUACUGACAUAACUCUUCAGUAAGCUUAUGUUCACCUAGUGAACCAUUGGCAAGAUUUUGUUUAACCAAACUUGGUAUGCCUGCAAUUUUUUUUUUUUGAAGAGUACCUCAUGUGGUAGAUAUCCUGUGAUAAGGAAUAUUGCAGCUUACUUGUUAAAACCUUCACAGCUGGGAAAAUCACAAGAUGGGAUAGAGUGGACCUUCAAAAACAAACCAACAAAUCGCAUUCAAAAUGAGGUGUCCGAGGCUGAUAACCUUGGCAGAAAGGAAAGUUCAUGUCUUCAGAUGUCUGCCUACAUUGGCCAAGGGAUUGGUAACUAUUUUAUAAAGGUGAGCAUGAUUAUAGUCCAGUGCUCAGCUAAUGCAUCUCUUCAAACCAUGUGUGCUGCAUUGGGCCAAAGGAUAUUAUUAACACAGUGCCUUGUGUACACAUAACACAUACAAAAGCUAGAAUAGGCAAAAUAAGAGGUUUAAAAAAAGAUGUAAAUCUGGUUCAAAUAUAAUGUUAAGCUACAAUAUGAUUUAAUUUUGACUUGGUGUACCAUGUGGUCUUUAUUAUCAUUUAUUAUCCACCGCUAAUGGCUUUUGAUAUGUCCAAGAAAUUUGGCUUAACACAAUGUGUGAAAAAAUGUUGAGAAAAGAUGUGUUAUCUGACUGGGAUAAAAUGAGGUAUAAAAAGAUCCUCGAAGGUCUUCUUAUGGUGCAUUGAGUUUUGACAACUGAGUCAAGAUUAAUCAAUAAAUGAAUUAUCUUGGGAAGAAAGUUAUGGGCAGCAUAUAGACAAAUGAAUUUUUGGGGAUAUUCCUUGUAAAUGUGCUAAGUUUAGCCUAAAGUUUUGCUUAAUUGUAUAACAGACUGCUCUUAUUUGGGAGUGGCAAUGGACUGUUUUAAUUGUGCAGGAUCCAAUCCAGGACUAGAGGUUUUGCCUUUGUUUUAAUUAUUGAAGUAUUGUAUAUUGAUUUACUCACAUAUACUGUCCACAGUCAGCCAGAUUGGGGCAGCUGAUUCAUGUUGUUAAAUAAAUACAAAUGAGCACCAGAAAUAUGUACAAAACAGGAAAGAGAAAUACCUCUCUGUUUCAGUUCUUCAGAAAAAUUCUUAUAAAAUACAUUGAAGUUGAACACAAUGAUCCAAGAGAAAUAAAUACCGACUACCUACCACCUUCACCUACCAUCAAGGUGGCGCUAAAAUGAGAAUGCAUGGAACUCUGAACUUUCAUAAAUUGUUCUACUUAUAAAUACAGAGCCACACAUAAGGAAGGUGCUGCAUUCCAAGGACAUGAAUGUUUCUUCUUGAAGAACACAUCCAAGCCAUAUACCUGCUAGUUGAAAUGUUGCUUGCUAAAUCCCAAUUCUUUUCACAAAAAAAGGAAAUAUAUAGGUGGGAGCUCAGACUUUUCUUCCACACAAAACAGGAAAUAAAUGCAGGCUUCCUUUGCCAGAAGACAAAGCUGGUUCACUUAACUGUAUAAUAAUCUCCUUAUGGUAAGAUGCUUUGGAGGACCAUAACUUGUAUUCAUCUUUGGAUUUUAAUGUAUUUCUGCAUGUGUUUGGAUGAAUAAUUUGCUGUUUUUUAGUCCAUUUCUAGUGAUCAAGAAUAUUGUUUAAUCCACCCACAAUGUAGACUUUGCACAAUUAUGUAGUCCUUCAUUCAGUAAUUAGCCCACUUCUGAGGAAUAAGGUUGCAAAUGUCCUUAUUUAUGAGUUGUUAUUUGGAGGCACUUAUGCAUCAAAUGAAUUAAAUGCAUUCUUCUAAACAGCUGUAACUUCUUCUUAAAAUGAAACCAAAAUAUACUGCUAUUAUGUUCUGUUAUUGUAUUUCUGACAUUUAUCACAAGUCUCUGCUUCCCUCUCCAAAUUAAAGCUGAUUAUAUGAGAAAAAAAUUGGUUUGAGGCAAUUAAUAGGCCUUUAAAGGAAAACUGUAAAGAGCUUGCACCUGCAUCUUCUAUUCAU